GCUCAAUGUUCAUUAUCAUUUAUUAUUGUGUUUUCACGGUUAAGCAACUGUGACUCGCGAGUACAAUAUUUUUUUGUGACCUUAUUAUGUGUAUUUCGUGAAUCUUGACCGUUGUUGUUGAUUUACAUUGUCGUUAAGCUGUUGCCGUAUUCUCUUUGUUUUGUUUUGUAUAAGUUAGAUAAGGAAGUGAAUUAAAGUUCAAUUAGUGUUUCAUAGGCGUGAAAAAUAUAGGUAUGCCCGUCAAAGUAGACAUAACGCCCAGACCGCCAGCCAAUUCGAAACAGUUAGGUGUCACAGGUUCCAUAUUAUACAGUGGAUCAAAAUUCCAAGGGUUUCAGAGGUCCAAGGGUAACAGUUAUGAAGUGGAAGUUGUGUUGCAGUAUGUCGACGAACAAAAUGGUUAUUUGUGUGGUUAUCUAAAAAUUAAAGGCUUAACCGAAGAGUUUCCUAAUUUGACUACGUAUUUUGAUGGUGAGAUUAUAAACAAGAAGUGUCCGUUUUUGACGAGAAAAUGGGAUGCAGACGAAGAAGUCGACAAAAAGCAUUGGAACAAAUUUACUGCUUUUUGUCAGUAUGCCAAAACAUUCAACUCUGAUGUGUUCGACUAUGAUGCACUAAAAAAUGCUGAUCAUGUUUUUAUGCGCUGGAAGGAGCACUUUUUGGUACCAGAUCAUAAAAUACGUGACAUAAGUGGUGCGUCGUUUGCUGGUUUUUAUUACAUUUGUUUUCAAAAAUCGACUUCGUCUAUUGAAGGAUACUACUAUCAUCGGAGUUCAGAAUGGUAUCAAACUCUUUGUCUGACACAUGUACCGGAGCAUAGUACACAAAUCUAUGAAUUCAGGUGAUUUAUUGCAAAUUAUUUGAACAAUUAAACAAAACGGUAUGUACAAUUUACCUUAAAACUAUACAAUUUUUAAGCUUAUUGUGAUUAUUGAAGCAUUUCCCCUUACUGUUAUAAUUUUAUCAUUGAUAAUUAAUUGAUUAUUUUAACCGAAUAGUCUAAAUAUUAUGAUGUUUCACUACAUCCAAACAAGA